GUCGCGCGGGGUGCGAAGAAAGUUUGCGGCUCGGCUGCCCGCGCCCGCGCUCGGCCUCGCCCGGGACGACACCGCCACCAUGAACAAGCUAUACAUCGGCAACCUCAACGAGAGCGUGACCCCUGCCGACCUGGAGAAGGUGUUCGCCGAGCACAAGAUCUCCUACAGCGGCCCGUUCCUCGUCAAGUCCGGCUAUGCCUUCGUCGACUGCCCCGACGAGCACUGGGCCAUGAAGGCCAUCGAAACUUUCUCGGGGAAAGUGGAACUGCAAGGAAGACGCCUAGAGAUUGAGCACUCGGUCCCCAAAAAACAAAGGAGUCGGAAGAUUCAGAUUCGAAACAUUCCACCCCAGCUGCGGUGGGAAGUGCUGGACAGCCUGCUGGCUCAGUACGGGACGGUGGAGAACUGUGAGCAAGUGAACACCGAGAGCGAGACUGCGGUGGUGAACGUCACCUACUCCAACCGAGAGCAGACCAGGCAAGCCAUCAUGAAGCUGAACGGCCACCAGCUGGAGAACCAUGCCCUCAAGGUCUCCUACAUCCCCGAUGAGCAGAUCUCUCAGGGGCCCGAGAAUGGGCGCCGGGGCGGCUUUGGCUCGCGGGGUCAGCCCCGGCAGGGUUCGCCAGUGGCCGCAGGGGCCCCAGCCAAGCAGCAGCAGGUGGACAUCCCACUCCGGCUCCUGGUGCCCACCCAGUACGUGGGCGCCAUCAUCGGCAAGGAGGGCGCCACCAUCCGCAACAUCACCAAGCAGACCCAGUCCAAGAUCGACGUGCACAGGAAAGAGAACGCAGGCGCAGCUGAGAAGGCCAUCAGCGUACACUCCACCCCCGAGGGCUGCUCCUCCGCCUGCAGGAUGAUCCUGGAGAUCAUGCACAAGGAGGCCAAGGACACCAAGACGGCUGAUGAGGUCCCCCUGAAGAUCCUGGCCCACAAUAACUUCGUGGGGCGCCUCAUCGGCAAAGAGGGGCGCAACCUGAAGAAGGUGGAGCAGGACACGGAGACGAAGAUCACCAUCUCCUCGCUGCAGGACCUCACGCUCUACAACCCCGAGAGGACCAUCACAGUGAAGGGCGCCAUCGAGAACUGCUGCCGGGCGGAGCAGGAGAUCACGAAGAAGGUCCGGGAGGCCUACGAGAACGACGUGGCCGCCAUGAGUCUGCAGUCACACCUGAUCCCCGGCCUCAACCUGGCCGCCGUGGGGCUCUUCCCGGCCUCAUCCAGCGCUGUCCCGCCACCUCCCAGCAGUGUUUCAGGGGCUGCUCCCUACAGCUCCUUCAUGCAGGCCCCGGAGCAGGAGAUGGUGCAGGUGUUCAUCCCUGCCCAGGCCGUGGGCGCCAUCAUUGGCAAGAAGGGGCAGCACAUCAAGCAGUUGUCACGCUUUGCCAGCGCCUCCAUCAAGAUUGCACCACCGGAAACACCCGACUCCAAGGUUCGAAUGGUCAUCAUCACUGGACCGCCAGAGGCACAGUUCAAGGCUCAGGGAAGAAUCUAUGGCAAACUGAAAGAGGAGAACUUCUUUGGUCCCAAGGAGGAAGUCAAGCUGGAGACCCACAUACGGGUCCCAGCCUCUGCUGCAGGCCGGGUCAUCGGCAAGGGUGGCAAAACGGUGAAUGAGCUGCAGAACUUGACGGCAGCUGAGGUGGUGGUCCCUCGAGACCAGACCCCAGAUGAGAACGACCAGGUCGUUGUGAAGAUCAUCGGGCAUUUCUAUGCCAGCCAGAUGGCUCAGCGGAAGAUCCGAGACAUCCUGGCCCAAGUAAAGCAGCAGCACCAGAAGGGACAGAGCAACCAGGCCCAGGCGAGGAGGAAGUGACCAGCACGUUCUCAUCCCCUAGGCUUCGGGACACGGGCCGAGCCUGAAGAGCCUGCUGUCCCCUGCAGGCCUGAGAAUGCGUGGGAAUCAGGGACCCUGGGGCCGGCAGGAGAUCAGGUUUGCCCACCUGCUUGACAAAGCUGUUUGGUGAGGAACCCUGAUCUCUGCCUCAGUAAGAUAUCUGACCAACCAGCCCAAGCAGCCCAUCCCUCGGGUGUCACCAUGGAAACUAGCUCAGGGUGCUUUUAAACGUGGAUUGUUGAAGGAAGUUCUCCAGGCCCCAUCAAGAAGGUGGGGUCAAGCCCCCUGGGGACGAGAAAUAAAAUUUCCUUCAGGUUUUUAAAAACCUCAAAGGAUGGUUUGUUUCUUGACCCUAAAAUCUUUCCAGCUUUCUUUCCCCUCCUUGGUUAAUUGAGUAAAAUACCUCCAAUCUCCUUCCUGGGUACCACUUCCUCCUAUGUUCACGCUGUUUUAUCUUUACUGCUACCAGAAAAACAUGGGAACUAAUUAGUGCAGCGUGGCCUUAGUACAAUACCAAGUCUGUGGAGAGGACUUGUCCUCCAGAGCUCAAUUUCAGUCUUUCCCAAUAGGAACCACAGAAAAUAAAAGAGAGGGGAGGCCGGGCGUGGUGGCGCAUACCUGUCAUCCAGCACUCAGGACGCUGAGGCAGGAUUGCUGCGAGCUUGAGGGCCAGCCUGGAAUAGUGAUCCCCUCUCUCAAAAUCAACAAAACAAAAUUAGAAGAGGGGGGAGAAAUGGGAAGAAAGAUGAUUAAAAUAAAUAGUAAUCCACGUUUAAAAGGAGUGCCCUUGGCCUGGGGAUAUAGCUCAGUGGUCCAGCACUGCCUAGCAGCUGCGAGGUUUUCAUCCCCAGCACCACAAAAAAGAAAAGAAAAAAAAGGCCUGUCCUGUGGGCCAAUCUAGACCACACGGCCACUGUUUUGGAAAAUUGGCACAACUCAAAUCUGCCCCAGUCUGCCCGGGCCUCCCUGCCACAUGCAAAUCCCUUGCACCCGGGGGUCCGGCUUGGUGUCGGGCGUGGGUGGCACUGAAUGCCCGGCAGGGUGGGCAGGGGCUCGCCGCUGUCCCUGAUUCCCAUCAUUCUCAGGAGGAUUUUAUAUUUUUUUAAAGUCUAUUUUAAUGAUUGGAUGUGAGCACUGGGAAGGGGACCUGAACUCCCCUUGAUAAAGUCUCAGCUCCGCGGAGGAUUCGAGGGGCCCAAAGGAGCCCUCGCCCCAGCCCACAUGCUGCCGGGAGGCGAGGGUCGGGGGGCCACCCUCCACCACAGCACUGUUUGCCUUGGUGGUGGUGGGACGAUGCACCCGGCCCCGGCCUCCCGGUCGAGCUAAAGUCCAUCAUCUGGCAAAUUCAGUCAGUCGGAGAGAAUUUGCUUCUGUUUUUAAUCCUAGAGGAGUAUUUAACUGAUGGCUUCUGGCUCUGUGAAUUCUUAACUGUCGUGGUGAAUGGUGUGCCUAGAACAGAAUUCCAAAUACCAGCAGCAUGAUGCAUAGAGAGGGGGUGAAUAAGAUUAAUUUAUUGAUUUAUCAGGCUCAAGAUCCUGCCGGAAGUUCUGCCCUUGAGGAGAACGGGAGCCAUCGGUUAAGUGAUCCUAGGGCUCUGUGAUUGUCAAUGCAUGUUACCAGGUGGUGCACUUUAGCUACCCUGGACAGAACUAUCAAGUGUGCUCGGAAAGGAGGAGGCCUCUCCUCCUAAUGCUGCAGCAGCAACAGUGACCACGAGACAACCAUGACGUGUGGGUGGUGGGUGUCAGGCAAUGCUGUGUGUGAAGUAAACUACCUCAAGGUAUGAAGUUACCUCAGCAAUUGUUUUCCUUUUUGUUCCCCUCAACCCUCUUUUUUUGUUUCAUUUUGUUUUGAAUUUUUUUGAUGGUUUUUUUUUUUUUUUUCCUUUGCGGCUUGCUGAUAUUUUAUAUAAAAAAGAAAAGCAAAGCAAAAAGAGAAGCUGAUAGUCUUGAAUAUUUUAUUUUUUUAAUGAAAAGAAAAAAAAAUGAGAAAGUUAUGUUGCAUAAUUUCUUACGAUGUGAGCCAGUCACCCUUUAAGAAUGCCCGACUGGACAGCAGGCCGGUUGGGAAGGGCAGCAGGGCUGGGCCCUCGGGUGAGGCUGGGGUAGAGAUGGAGGCCCAGGCUUGGGAGGCCCCAGGGACAGGGCCCAGAGCCUUGCUUGGCCCUGGCUCUGGCUCUGGGCCCGCUCCUGGAAUAUCUGCCUGCCUGACAGGGUUAAAAGGCCUCUUGGGCCUUGGGAACCCGGGCCCCAAACCACCAACCGCCUGGCCCUCGGCCUCCCUCUUCCUCCCUUGGUUUAAUGGCAUCCCAGCCGGUUUUUCGCUCCAGUGGUGCCAUUGUGAUAUUUUGAAAUAUUGCCUCCGUUUUAUCGAGGAGAGAAAUAAUAACUAAAAAAUACACCCUUUCAAAAGAAAAAAAAAAUCUCUCUGCCUAAAAAUAGGAGAGCCAAGAUUUCGUUCACAGGAGAAGGACAAGGCCGCCUCUCGGCCGCAGAGGGGCUCACUGCUUUGCCGUCGAGGUCCUUUCCUCGUUGACUUGGGUUACGGUGUCAUUUGGGUCCCGUCUUGCUAUUCUUGGUCUAUGCCCACCGACAGGGGGUGACUGACCGCCCCAGCUCCCUGUCAUCUCCAGAUCUCUUGAUUGACUCUGAACGUGGACCCCUACUUAGGAAAUUCUUGAUUUAGGGUGACAGCUCGGGAGAGGAGGGAGGGGUGGGAGUGCCACAGGUGCCUGCCUUCCCAUGGUCUCGGCACUGACCCAGUGACGUCCUCUCGUAGCCCCCGGAACUGGAGAAGCAAGAUAGCAUUUAGGGGUGAUGUCCAGCCGAUAGAAGAAGCCCCCCACCAUUCCCAGCCACAGAAAGGGUCUCCCUCCCAGCUUCUUUCCAUCUCUGGCUCCGCGCUUUGUCCCAAAAUGAAGCAGAUAACAUUCAGACUUCGGCCGUGUAGUGAUUUAAAGUGGAUUUUCAGCAGCAAGCAAGCUUUAAUAUCUGGUUCAAAUGAUCAUUAGGAAAGAAGAAGGAAACCCCACAGUACCUGAAAUGUGAUUGUUGCAGUAUUAGGUUCCUCGGGGGCCUGCACCCUCACACCUUAACGUGUUCCCGACCAGGCCGGCCAUGCACGCCUGUCCCACCCAGGGCCCUGUCCCAUGUCGCCUAGUGGGACCCUUACACUGCGCCACCCAGGGCUGGUUGGAGCCGGUGGGACCGUGUUAAGCCCGGGUCCUCUUCCUUUGGCUCCUUCAGCUCCCAGAAGAGACCAGGAAGGGGAGAAAGGAACGGACAGCUUCCUGGAAGUGGGCAACCUCCACUUGUCACUGAGGUUUGCCCGCAGGAAGCUGGUGGAGGUUUGCUACCUACCAGCAGGCUGUAGGAACAGGGCUUAGUGGCUUGGGUGUCACAGGAGGAAGGGCCAUCCGGGCGCGGGUUCUCCUGUAACCCGAAGCCAGAUCUUAGGGCGUCUCCUGCCCCCAUCCUUGGUGAGAUACAAGCUGUCACGAAAGCACUUGGGAGAGGCGGGUGGUUUUGAGAAGAGCAACUUUCUGAGAUUCGUGUGUGCGCGCGCUGCACAUAUAUUUUUGUGAGAGGACCAUCUCUUUAGGAUAUAUUUUUUAAACUCUUUGAAACACAUAGAAAGCCAAAACGGUUUGAUUCACUGACUGACUUUGAAGCUGCAUUUGCCAGUUGCACCCCGAUGGCUUUAACCCACCCCCCUCGAGGGCCUGGGUGCCUCGAGCAUUAGGCAGAGGGCCCGGAGGAGAGAGCCAGUCCCUGAGCGGACAGGGAGUGUAGCGCCCCCCUUCCUCCCGGUCUCCAUCAGUCUGUUUUCCUUUUUUCUUAUUUACGCCUCACUGUUGGCAGCAUAGACCCCGUGUGAGACCCAGAGGACACGGGAGGGGUUCUCGGGGGUUCUGGUGUCUGUCUCCACUGUGCCAAAGACAGACAGACAGACAGGCUGGAAGUCAUCUGCCACCAUCUUCCCAGGGAGGGGCCUGGAAAUAGGCAGCCUCGGGCUCCUGUUCCCCUGGGAGCCAGAAGGGGGGUCCAGGUCAGUUGGCUGUGGUUGCACUUUGGGGAAGGGGGGGGCUCGGGUCCUCCUCAUGGGUCCCGACCCCUGUUCCCCUGCAGGGCUGGCACUGCAGAGUUCCCUUCAGGCCCGGCAGACUGGCGGUGAGGAGGGGCCUCCGUUGACUCUCCAGGGUGCCUUCCCCUCCUCCGUGCCCAGAAUACCCUCUGCCAAACCGGGAAUCGCUGCUUAACUACCUCACGGAGCCCCCGGGUGCCACCUCAGGCCACCCCUUCCUCCACCUCUGCUUGGGGGGGUGUUGGGGUCUCCUCCUUUCUUUCUCCUCAAGUGCCCCUGGGGAGGUGCUAGUGGCUUUGCCAUGUAAACCGUGAGACUGUUUGGUUGGAAACCAGGGCAAGGGAGACAGCACAGCCUGGCAUGUGAUUGCAGAAAGACUGAAGAAAACUCCUCAUGAUGUCAGGGGACGUCAAAGCCAUUUCCCUCCAGUACUCCAUGGUGUAGAUGCAGAUGUAGAGGAACACCAGCCGGAACUUCGGGUUCUUCCCCCUUGGGUACAGGGGAGGGGAGGGGCCUCGGACCCAAGCUGGGUGCCCCGGCCUGGGGUCCAGGCUCCGGGCUUCUCUGUGGGGCUCAGCCUGGGGGUGCCCUGGUAGGGUGGGAUCCAGACUGACAUAGACAAAAGAGAAUUUUUUUUUUUCUGAAAUGAAAUAGCAGGAAGCUCCUCAUGAGCCCAUGUUUUGAGUGACCACAGGCAAAGAGAGCUAUGAGUUUGAAUGGAUUAACUACCUCAGUCUUACAGUAAGGUUGGAACCGAGGGCUGGGACGCCUGUGAGCAUGGGGGGGUCCCAGCUAGGAGAAGCGAGUUGAGGCUCGUGCCACAAAAGGUUUGUCUUGGGGCCCGGGCAGGCCUGCCAGGGUCCCUGCUCCUGGGGGUCAGUGGGCAGGGCUGGCCGUGAUGUCCCCUCCCUGCCUCCUGGCUCAUUUCAGCCCUCUCCCUCCAGCGAGUCCCUCUCACUGUGAGGAAAGGGUGGCCUUCUCCCAGGGCCCUCGGGAGGUGACCUCGGAGAGGGGAGGAGAGGGAGCAGGAUUCUUUGCCCUGGGGGACCCCGAGGGUCCCCGGACGCCCCCAGGCCACCUUUGUAGUGGGGGAGCCCCUCCCCGCCCUCUAAUGGACCUCCUCAUAGACCCCCUUUUCUCUUUUGUUUUUAUCUACCUCUUAGCAAAACAAUAGAGAGAAAUUAGGUAGUGGCUAAACACCACUUGCUUAGGUUAGAGGGGGGAAGAUUUCUUUUUCCAAAGGAAAAAAAAAUUACCUUAAAAAUACUUUCCAAAAAGUUUUUUUAAAAAACCAAAAAAAAAAGUUUUUUUGUUUUUAACAAGAGGGAUACAUUUUCCAGUGACCACUGGAUUGUUUUAAUUUCCUAAACGUUUCUCUCUUUUGUUCCCCCGUAAAUAAGUUUCACUCUUUGGUGAUUUUCAUUUAACGAGCUAGCUACAAACAGGUACAGCUUUGCCAGUCCGCCCCUUGGCUUGCUGAAUGUCCCAGCCAUGUGACCGCCCCCCAGGCAGGGCCAGAAGCCUCUGUGUGUGUGUGUGUGUGUGUUGGGGACACUGUGAAGUCUGGCUCACCGUGUCUCGGGGCGGGGGACCACUUGGGACAUUUCUGUGCAGAUUCUCUGUAAGCCACUGCUAGGAAGGGCGCUCAAAAAUGAAUUUGGGCACCAGCAUUUGGACUCUCCCUUUUCCUCCAGAACAAGAACUUCAUCCUUGCAGCCAGAAUCAGUCAGAAACUUGUCCCCUGAGGCAGAGGGGUCAGUAUGUAGUCCUGGAGCGAGAAGUCUAUUUUUAUGACUUUGAAUCGGGAGGGGCAGGGGACUACUACUUGUGACUUUUUUUGAAAACUGAGUGCUACCUUGUUCUGUAACGAUGCUGACUCUGAACAUUGUACUGUACGGAAACCUGCCAGCCAUUGCCACCCCAGUGUGAUUGUACCUUCCUCCUCCGCCCUUGAAUCUCUGCGCAUCCUGGGGAGGUGGGGUGGCACCUGGCUCAGACCCGGAGUCUGUUCUCCAGAUGAUGAGCACCCUGGUUUUCUUCUCCCAGAAGUUUGUUUUCAGCCACAAACCAGUUCAUUCCACUGUUUCAAUUGCAAAA